AGGGUCCCUGCUGGCCGGCUAUAUAUCCACCUGCAGCGCUGGAUUGCGGGAAAAGGGCAGCGGAGCUGGGGAGGCUCCCAGCCAGCCAUGGAUCCCCUGGGAGCCGUCAGCCUGUUCUUAGUCAUCUGCCUUUCCUGCCUCCUGCUCCUCUCCACCUGGCGGCAAAUGCAGGGCCGGGGGGAAAUGCCCCCGGGGCCCACCCCGCUGCCCCUCCUCGGGAACCUGCUGCAGGUCAACUUCAGCAACAUGCGCAAGUCGCUCAUGAUGAUCAGCGAGCGCUAUGGCCCCGUCUACACCCUCCACCUGGGCCCCCGGCGGGUGGUGGUGCUCUGUGGCUACCAGGUGGUGAAGGAGGCCCUGCUGGACCAGGCCGAGGACUUCGGCGGGCGCGGGAAACAAGCCACCUUCGACUGGAUCUUCCGUGGCUACGGAGUGGCCUUCAGCAACGGGGAGAGAGCGAAGCAGCUGCGCCGAUUCUCCAUCACCACGCUGAGGAACUUCGGGGUGGGGAAGCGAGGCAUCGAGGAGCGGAUCCUGGAGGAGACUCGUUUCCUGCUGGAAGCCUUGCGGGGCACGAAAGCUUUGCCCUUUGACCCCACCUACUUCCUGAGCCGCACGGUGUCCAACGUCAUCAGCUCCGUGGUCUUCGGGGACCGGUUCGACUACGAGGACAAGGAGUUCCUCUCCCUGCUCUACAUGAUCACCGAGAGCUUCCGCUUCACCGCCACGGCCUGGGGGCAGCUCUAUGAGAUGUUCUCGGACACCAUGCGCUACCUGCCCGGCCCCCAGCACGAAGCGUUCAAGCAGCUGGCAGGGCUGAAAAAAUUCAUCGAGAGGAAGGUGAAGGCGAACCAGGAGACCCUGGACCCCAGCGCUCCUCGGGAUUUCAUCGACUGCUUCCUGGUCAAAAUGCAGCAGGAAAAGCAAAAUCCUUCCUCUGAGUUUUCCCUCAAGAACAUUGUUCUGACGGCGCUCUCUGUGUUCUUUGCUGGGACAGAGACCGUCAGCACCACUCUGCGCUACGGUUUCCUCCUCCUGCUGAAACACCCGGAGAUCGAAGAAAGGAUCCACGAGGAGAUUGACCGGGUGAUUGGGCGGAACCGCGCCCCGAACAUGGAGGACCGGAGCCAGAUGCCCUACACCAACGCCGUCAUCCACGAGUUCCAGAGGUUCUGUGACAUCAUCCCCAUGGGCCUGGCACGCCGGGUGACCAGGGACACCCAGUUCCGGGGAUACACUAUUCCCAAGGAGACGGAGGUGUACCCGGUGCUGGGAUCCGUGCUCUAUGACCCCACGCAAUUCAGCAGCCCCGACACCUUCGAUCCCAGCCAUUUCCUGGAUGGGAACGGCCAGUUUAAGAAGAGUGACGCCUUCGUGCCCUUCUCAAUAGGGAAAAGGUAUUGUUUCGGGGAGAUGCUGGCGCGCAUGGAACUCUUCCUCUUCCUCACCAGCAUCCUGCAGAACUUCCGCUUCCGCUCUCCCGUGGAGCCCAGAGACAUCGACAUCUCUCCGAAGCUGGUCGGGUUCGCCACCCUGCCCCGCAGCUACGAGAUCUGCCUGGUCCCGCGCUAGCCGCCCCCUGGAAACAGACGGGACUUCUCGGGGCAGCCUGGGGGAGGGAGGGAAAGGGCCAAAUCUGGGGAUGAGGAAGGAAAGACCCAGCCAUGUAUCAUGUUGAGAACUGGGCCCAUCAGGAGAAGGAGCCAAGAGGAUGAAUCUCCUGGGGGAAUCUGGCUGCUCUUUUCCAACUGCACAAGGGAAUGAGAUCUCCCCUAACGAGACACUGUCUAGGAGGGUACAUCUACACAAUACUCCUAACUCAACCUAUAGUAGGCCGACUUACAGCCAUGGUCAUGUCCACCCUACCCUCACCAGGGACGCUUCCCCCUGCCUAAGAGGGGCAGUGGGUGGGGGGGCUGAGAGCCCGGUCUCUCCGCUCUGCUGGCAGCUCCCUGCCAGGAGCCCAGCUUCCCCACAGGCUCCCCAUGGGCUGUUCCCCUGCUCUGCUCCCCAUGCCCCGUCGGGAGCAGGAGCAAGCCUCCCAGGGCUUCUCGGCCUCCCCCAGCCCACUCCCCGCCGGGAGCCAGGCAGCCUUGUCCAUUUCACAGCUCACAAGCUGCCCGGCUCCCGCAGGGGCCGCUCAGGCUGCUCACCCCGGCUCCCAGCUGGAAGCAGCGUCCAGCACCCAGCUCUGCAGAGGAGCGUGGUUGGAGGGGAGGGACCUUCUUGUCAAUUUCACUGCUCCUGCCAUGAACUUGACAAGACAGCUGAUGUAAGGGAUGCGGUGUCUGUGGGCGUAGGAGGGCACUUACAUCUGUGGGACCAGGCUGUAGUGUGGACACUGACAUAAUGAGAUCGACAUAAGCUGCCUUAUGUUGACCUAACGGUGUGGGGUAGACCAGGGCUCAGUCUCUCUCACACACACACACACACACACACACUCUCUUGUGAUUACAAUUCCAUUCCAAGCAUCUUGCAGAUUGUGUGAAACUUCGGGGAUCUUUCGAUUUUGUGAAGAUUGGGUGGGGGGGAUGUAUUUACAAACAGGUGGAAUUUCAGGGCAAACAAAUCUGUUGCCAGCCAAAUUUCAAAAUUCACAGUAUCUUUCCAAAGUCCAAUUUUGGGGCUUAUCAUUUCAGGCUCUUUCAGGAGGGAUGGGGGAAAUGAGUUGUGUUGAAGUCCCACAGCUUUUAUGGUGAAUUUGGAGGUGAAUCUUUGUGCUAGGCCCCAAACUCGACAGCUUCCCUUUUAAACAGAAACCUUUUCCCAGAGCUGUAUCAUCCGAUUGGCAUAUGGCUUCAGAUGGGGCAACGAUCAUUCACGUGCGGGUGACAGGACUUGGGCUUGCUCUCUGCACCGGGAUGAAUCUGACCAUGCUGCUGUCUCUCACUGGAGUGUGCGUCCAUCACUCAGUCACUGUCAGGGCAACUUCCACUGGUCA